GUAGAUAUGAAUCCCCAAUAGGUUGGAUAUAUAAACUGGAGACUGGGUUCCAGACAGUAGAGAAAUCAAAACCUUAUGAUCCAUAUCUACCUUAGCCAGCAAAAUAAAAUGUAAAUCCAUAUCCUAGCUAAAAUCAUGUUUCAACAACAACUGCUGUUAAUCCAACUCUCCUGCUGGUUAACAUUAUUAGUAUCAUUCGUUGCUGCAUUUGGCGACACAAAGCGAGGAGAUUGCCAAGCUAAGUGCGGUGAUGUUAGUAUUCCUUACCCGUUCGGUAUAACUGUUGGAGGUGAUGAUGAUUCUCGAGGAGCAGGAGGUUGCUCCAUUCAUGGAGUUGGGUAUGGCUAUAGCGUCAACUGUAAUACUUCUUAUCACCCUCCAAGGCCCUUUAUUGGCAUAAGUAAUAAUCUUGAAAUAUUGGGUAUAUCAGAAACCGAAAUUCACUUAAAAACCCUUCCAGAUAUCUUAUGUUACAAUAGGUCUGGUGAUCUGGUGUUGAAUGUAUCGAGUGACUACAUGGAUUUGUUUGAGAUCUCGUUUACGUUCUCAGCCACAAAGAACAGAUUAUUCUCUCUUGGGUGUGGAAGUUUAGGGUUUACCAACGGUUACAAGCGGUUUGAUCAGAUUAAGUCCACUUCCUCCUCGUGUAUUUCAUGGUGUGACAGUAUGGAAGACGUGAAUGAAGAAGCUUGUGACGGUGGUGGGUGCUGCCAGGUUAGCCACGCGAAGGGGCUAAAACAAAUUGAGGCUGAAUUGAUAUGGGAUCCUAAUACUACUGCCACAAACUUGUUAUCCUUCAACCCUUGCACUUACACAUUUGUAGCUGAUCAUGAACAGUUCACGUUCUCUGCAUCGAGUCUUAUGUCUGCACCGGACAGAGAUAUUCCUAUCGCUGUUGAUUGGGCAAUAGGGAAUAUGACAUGUGAAGAAUCACAAAAAGAUCCGACCACUUUCGCAUGCCAAAAAACCACUUACUGUAACAAUUCAGACAACAAUCCCGGGUAUCGCUGCACUUGCCUUGAAGGUUACAGGGGGAACCCUUAUCUUAGUCCUGGAUGCACGGGUAUAGGUGAAUGAAUGUGAGGAUCAAAACAACAAUCCCUGUGCAGGGAUAUGCAUCAAUACGAACGGAAGCUUCAGUUGUGCAUGUCCAAAGGGCAGUCAUGGA